AUGAGGACCCUUAAGAAGAGCGCAUUCUCGUGUGAACCAUGCCGUCGACGCAAGGUCAAGUGUGGCGGCGAGCAGCCAACAUGCAACCGAUGCGCCGCCCGCCUUGAGGACUGUGUGUACAAGUUGAACCCAACUCUGUCAUACACCUCACGCCUGGAGCAGCGUAUCAAGGACCUUGAGGCUCAAUUAGCCAUGGUCAAAUCCGACAUUCCCAGUCCGGCCGAUCGGUUCCAGCAGACGUCGCCCUCCACGUCACGGAGCCUUUCCCUGACGCCUGACCCUGUCGUCCUCGAACCAGGCUACGAGGACUUCGUCAGUGAGAGCUUUCAAGGCCUCACCGUCGACGACAAAGGCAGCAUCACCUACCACGGCGCUACCAGCUUCUUCCAGCUCCCCGACGACCGCCCACCCGGGUUUCGCGGCUUAGCUUCGUCUUCUGCGGAAGCUACACAGCGAAGGGAGCGCCUCGUUGCCAACGCAUGGCAGCAACGCGCCUUGGAGAAAUUGUCGGACAUUCCCGAGCCGUUCCAUUAUCUCCUAAACGUGCUUUGGUCCUGGACCCAGCCACUAUUCAACUUCAUCUACCGCCCAGCAUUCACCCGUGAUUUGCAGACCUUGGGUCCGUAUUACUCCCAUACGUUGAUGAACGCUAUCUUGUCACACUCGAUUCGUUGGGGUAGACAUAACCCAACAACGCGGAAACUUCUCGACGAUCACUAUGAAGGCGGUGCGCUUUUUGGCAAACAUGCACGUAGCAUGGUCUUCGGCGAGUUGAGCCAGGGCAUCAGUUCCAUUCCCACUGUCCAGACACUGCUGCUCUUAAGCGCGCAGGAGUGCAGUGUCGGCAACAGUGCCCAAGCUUGGACAUACAGUGGCCUCGCCUUUCGCAUCGUCGACCAUCUUGGUAUUUGUGUCGACGGACAGAGAUACCCUGGCUCCGUCCAACUCAGCGAGGAAGACGUGGAAAUUCGCCAUCGCAUCUUCUGGAGCUGCUAUUUCUGGGAUAAGAUGAUUAGCCUCUAUCUAGGACGUACUCCAUCUUUGCAGCAUACGUCUGUGUCGCCGCCGCAGAUCAUGUUCGAUGACUCUUCCGAGACCGAGUCGUGGACUCCAUUUGGUGUGGCCCACGAGGAAGGCUGGAAAUACCCACCGUCGCCGGCACAUGCGAUCUCUUGCUUCACCAAUAUGUGCCAGCUUGCACAGAUCUUCAACGAGAUUUUGGUUCACAUGUACGACCCUGUGCGGCCCAACAGUCAAGUGGAGAUGCAGGAAUGCCUAGCAGAUCAAGAAGUCGCAUUGCAGGACUGGUGGAAAGAGUUACCAACUCAUCUGCGCAUUGAACCCCAGUCUCUGCCGUCGUUGGCGCCCCCUUCGCACAUUAUAACCUUGAACUCCCUCUAUCACACGUUCAAGGUUCUUCUUUACCGUCCAAUGCUCUCGCAGCGGACUAGAACCGCCGAAGACGGCUUGAAGCCAAUCGAGCACUAUCUCCUGGGGUGCGUGACUUCGGCGACCACCAUCGUGGCACUUUUCGACCUCUUUUGUAGAUCGUUCGGAAUCGUCCAGUGCGACUUGUCACUGUCCUACGGUGUUUAUAUCUCGGCCUCCAUUUUCCUUCUACAGGUACAAUCCAACGUCGAGGAUACGCAGGCACUGCGCCGAUUGGAGUACUGUGUCCGUACGCUUGCCCAGCUCAAACAGGGCAACCCGGUUAUUGCAAGUGCGCUCAAUCUGAUCGCCCAAGAGCUCAGCGAUCUGGGCAUCAACCCGGAUCGAGUGGGCCUGGCCGACGCACCAGCCACGCCUCCGCUGUCAGCUUUUGGUGUUCCUUCGGGAGGUUACCUCGACGUCUCCCCAUCAGUGCCGGCUACCGAGGCGAACCAACCCUAUAUGUCGCCCGCGAAUCUUCAGCAUCUCCCGUUUGUGGAAAGCUUUGGACCAGACGCGUUCGCUAUUGAUCCAGUCGUUUUUCAGACCAUGCCGUCUUUCGAGCCAUUGAGCAUCAGGAUGGGCGGAGUGAGCCACUAA